AAAAGUUGAGGAGAGGGGAAAGAAAAAAAAAAAAAAAAAAAAAAAAGCAAGCUGCCGCUAUGCUCGCAGGCUGAGCAGAGGCCGGCAGAGCGAGCGGGGCGAGCAGCGCAGCCGGGGCACGGCAGCCCGAGGCCGGUGCCCGAGCCCCGCGGCGGGGCGGCUGCGGGCGCGUCGCAGCAGCGGCGGCGGCUCCCCGGGGGCCGCCGGCCGCGUUUAUUUUUUUAAUUUUUUUUUCUUCCUUUUUUUUUUUUUUUUUUUUUUUUUUUUUUUUUUUUUUUCUUUUCGUCGGCGUUUUCGUUUUCCCCGGGCAGCGUGGGGGCGGGAGGAGAGGGCUGGGGGACGAGUGGGAGCUGCCUUCUGCGCCAAGGUGCAGCCCGGCGGCGGCGGGAGGAUGCGAGCCGAGGGCGGCCGGGCGGCGGAGCAGCAGCAGCAGCAGCAGCAACACCAGCAGCAGCAGCAGCAGGAGCAGCAGCAGCAGCAGCAGCUACCUGUGUGGCCCGGGCGGCCGCUGCCGGGACCUGCCGGAGACAUCGCCAUGUGAAGGGGCAGACCCCGGGCCGGCUCUCCACCCCGCCUCGCUCAAUGGGAGAUCUAACUGGCCUCACCCAGACAAUGCUCCCAAAGACUGUAUGAUAAUUUCUGGCGGCUGCAAGAGGAGGCACAUUGGGGCCCGUGCAGCAAAGGAACGGGACCGGGGGGCCAAGAACUUCCUCCUGCCCACGUGGCAGGGCUUCCAGGUGCGUGGCAGACCCGCAGCACGAGCCAAGUGCUAGCCUUCAGAAAGCCAGCAGGGACGGAGGGUUGCCCUAGGCACCCCGGGCACGGGAGGAAGAGGAGCAGCAGCAGCAUGGAUAAGGACAGCACAAACCUGGCUGACCAGCAGUAUGAGUGUGUGGCCGAGAUCGGCGAAGGAGCCUACGGGAAGGUGUUCAAAGCCCGGGACUUGAAGAACGGAGGUCGCUUCGUGGCACUGAAGCGGGUGCGGGUGCAGACCAGCGAGGAGGGGAUGCCGCUGUCCACCAUCCGAGAGGUGGCAGUUCUGAGGCACCUGGAGACAUUCGAGCACCCCAACGUGGUCAGGUUGUUUGAUGUGUGCACCGUGUCACGAACAGACAGAGAGACCAAGUUAACAUUGGUGUUUGAACAUGUGGACCAAGACUUGACUACUUACUUGGAUAAAGUUCCAGAGCCUGGAGUGCCUACUGAAACUAUAAAGGAUAUGAUGCUUCAGCUGUUUCGGGGACUGGAUUUUCUGCAUUCACAUCGUGUGGUGCAUCGGGACCUGAAACCCCAAAAUAUCCUUGUAACCAGCAGCGGGCAGAUAAAGUUAGCUGACUUUGGCCUUGCACGAAUCUACAGUUUUCAGAUGGCUCUUACCUCAGUGCCUGCAUUUCUGCUUGAGAUUGCCCCAGCUCAGAGGCAGGACCUUGCACUUGGCUUUGUUGAACUUCAUGAGGUCACAGGCCCGCCUCUCAGCCUGCCCAGGUCCGUCUGGAUGGCAUCCUUUCCCUCCUUUGUGUCGAUUGCACCACACAGCGUGAUGUCAGCCAGCAAACUUGCCGAGGGUGCACUCGAUCUCACUGUCCAUGUCACUGACAAAGAUGUCAAACAGCGCCAGUCCCAAUACCAGCCCCUGAGGAUCACCACUCAUCACUGAUCUCCACCUGGGCAUUGAGCCGCUGACCACGACUCUUUGAGUGUGACCAUCCAGCCAAUUCCUUACCCACCAAGUGGUUCAUCCAUCAAAUCCUUCAAUUCUUCAAUUUAGAGACAAGGAUGUCAUGUGGGACAGUGUCAAACACUUUGCACAAGUCUGGGUAGCUGAUUUUUUUGCAACCUAAUGAGCUAUUAUUCAGCAUAAAAUAUGUAAUACUUCACUGGAAGUCAGAUUAAUUAGAAUAGGCUUCAUUUUCCCAUAAACGUACCGUUUCCUUGUCCAGUCUAAAACAAGGCAAGUCUUUUAAACUUUGAAAAAAAAGCAUAUUUAUAGAUCAGUUAUUAUGGGAGUGGUAAGUAGUCUACUUCCUUGAGAUGUAAUUGAUUAAAACUACUUUUGUACCUCACAUGUGAGCUACAACACGUACAUGACAUUCCUGUGUACAGCAUUUCCUGGUGAACUGUCAUUCAUCCCGAGUCCUAGAGACAGAAAUGGCAAGAUAGUUAAGAGAGGUCAUCUGCAGUACCCUGCAUUAUUUUUCAGGCUGAAGAUUAUACCCAGAAUUGUUUUAAGAAGUACUGAGUCUCCACAUAAUUGCUUUCAAGGCAUAUUGCCAGACUAACACUUCAAUUAUUCAGAAGAAGAAAUAAAGGCCUCUUAUAUUGUUGCUGAUAACACCUUUCCUGCAUCUGAAAAGAUGUAAAAUCCAUUCUGUUUUUUUCAAUAGUUGUGCUGUUCACUUCUGUUUUCCUUUUGCUGUGUUAUGAUAAUAGAUUAUUUUAUCCUUCUUCCUACUUAAUUUCAAACAGGUUUCAUUUUCAGAUUUUCUUGCAGUAGCCCAAAACAAAACUAUGUUUAUCUGGUGUUUAAAGAUGCUUUGUAAAUAAAAAAAAGCUUAAGGAGGGGUCAUUUAGACCCAUGUUUUGUAAAAGCUUCAUAUUACAAAAACUAACUUGGAUCUAAAUUCAGCCUGAGAGUAUCCUUCUAAUAACAAUCAUACUGUCUACUCUUGUAAACAUUUAGUUUCUGAUCCCACAAUCAUUAAUGAUUUUAAACAGCAGUAACAUAACCUCAUGAUAUUAGCAACAACCAAAAGAAGCUAAAAUAAAUGUUCUUUUUUUCCCAUUAUAAAAAAAAACUUUUUCCCUGCAGACUGCCAUUUUCCAAGAAA